AUGGCGCCGGGCCUCGUUUCUCAGAGGCAUUCAGAGAGCUUCCCCAGCGUGAACUCUCGGCCGAAUGUGAUUUUGCCAGGCCGCGAGGGACGUAGAGCGGGGCUGCCACCCGGCGGGGGCACGCGCCCCCGGCUCGCCCCAACCCGCCCGGUGCCGCCGUCCCCGGCUCCUCUCGGGGCGGGUGCGUACAGCUGGAGCCGUUCCGGACCCGGAAGGGGCGGUGGCGCAGGGUCCUCGCGCGUCCCACGUGGGGUCCCGGGCCCAGCAGUCUGCGCACCCGGCUUGCCGCUGCACCACGCGUCACCCACGCAGGCCAUGGCAGCUGCCGACAGUUCGCUCUCGGACAACCCCAGAACGUUCUCCAGACGUCCCUCAGCCCAGGCGAGUCGACAAGCAAAGGCUACGAAAAGAAAACACCAAGCGUCCAGUGAGGCUCCCCCAGCGAAACGGAGGAACGAAACUUCAUUUCUGCCAGCCAAGAAAACUAGUGUUAAAGAAACUCAGAGGACUUUUAAGGGGAACACACAAAAAACGUUUUCUCCAAAGAAGCAUUCGGUUGGCCCAAGUGAUAGAAACCAGGAGGAGAGACCGUGCAUUAAGACUUCAUCACUGUUUAAAAACAACCCUGACAUUCCGGAACUCCACAGACCUGUGGUAAAGCAGGUGCAAGAAAAAGUGUUUACUUCAGCUGCUUUUCAUGAACUGGGCCUCCACCCACAUUUAAUUUCCACAAUAAAUACGGUCUUAAAAAUGUCUAGUAUGACCAGCGUUCAGAAGCAAAGUAUUCCUGUGUUGCUGGAAGGCAGAGAUGCUCUCGUGAGAUCCCAGACGGGCUCAGGUAAAACUCUUGCCUAUUGCAUCCCUGUGGUCCAGUCCCUUCAAGCAAUGAAGUCAAAAAUACAGCGCAGUGAUGGCCCCUAUGCCCUGGUGCUCGUACCAACGAGAGAGCUGGCUCUACAAAGCUUUGACACUGUCCAGAAACUGCUUAAGCCUUUCACCUGGAUUGUGCCUGGAGUGUUAAUGGGAGGAGAGAAGAGAAAAUCAGAAAAGGCCAGACUCCGCAAAGGAAUAAAUAUCCUUAUCUCAACUCCUGGACGCCUGGUGGAUCAUAUAAAAUCCACAAAGAACAUUCAUUUUAGUCGGCUGCGGUGGUUGGUGUUUGAUGAAGCAGACAGAAUCUUGGAUUUGGGUUUUGAAAAGGACAUCACAGUGAUACUUAAUGCUGUAAACGCUGAAUGCCAGAAACGACAGAACGUCUUACUAUCAGCGACACUCACAGAAGGUGUAACGCGGCUAGCUGAUAUCAGUUUGCAUGAUCCAGUCAGUAUUUCCGUCCUGGACAAGAGCCAUGACCAGUUGAACCCAAAGGACAAAGCAGUCCGGGAGGUCUGUCCUCCACCAACUGGCGACGAGCUGGACAACUUUGCAAUACCAGAGAGUCUCGAGCAGCACGUGACUGUGGUUCCCAGCAAACUGAGGCUUGUCUGCCUAGCGGCCUUCAUCCUUCAGAAAUGCAAGUUUGAGAAAGACCAGAAGAUGGUUGUCUUUUUCUCAAGUUGCGAGCUGGUGGAGUUCCACUACAGCCUCUUCCUACAGACCCUGCUGAGCAGCUCAGGGGCGCCGGCAUCAGGGCAGUUGCCAUCUGCCUCCACGCGAUUAAAAUUCCUACGGCUGCAUGGCAACAUGGAGCAGGAGGAAAGAACAGCAGUGUUUCAGGAAUUUUCACAUUCCAGGAGAGGCGUCCUUCUUUGCACGGAUGUUGCAGCUCGGGGCUUAGAUCUCCCUCAAGUCACGUGGAUUGUUCAGUACAACGCUCCAUCUUCACCUGCAGAAUACAUCCACCGGAUUGGAAGAACCGCCCGGAUUGGCUGCCAUGGGAGCAGCCUGCUCAUUUUGGCUCCUUCGGAGGCAGAAUAUGUCAACUCGUUGGCUUCUCACAAAAUCAACGUUUCUGAGAUGAAGAUGGAAGAUAUUUUGUGUGUUCUGACGAGAGAUGAUUGUUUUAAAGGGAAACGAUGGGGAGCCCAGAAAUCCCAUGCUGUUGGCCCCCAGGAAAUCCGAGAGCGAGCCACAGUCUUGCAGACGGUAUUUGAAGAUUACGUGCACUCCAGUGAGAGGAGGGUCUCCUGGGCAAAGAAAGCUCUGCAGUCCUUCAUCCAAGCCUAUGCCACCUACCCCAGGGAACUGAAGCACAUCUUCCAUGUCCGAUCCCUCCACCUUGGGCAUGUGGCGAAGAGCUUCGGGCUGAGAGAUGCCCCCAGGAAUCUUAGUGCCUUGACUAGAAAGAAAAGGAAAGCACACCUAAAAAGGCCUGACCUUCAUAAGAAGACCCAGAGUAAACACAGCCUUACUGAAAUCCUACGUUCGGAAUACUCAAGUGGCAUAGAGCCUGGCGUCGCCAAGGUCAAAAAGCAAAACGCACCCGGAGAGCCUGGUAGCCGGCCCCUGCGGCCCAGUCUGCAGCCGACACCCUGCUUUGGCCAUGGGAAAACAUUAAAAUGGAGAAAAACCCAGAAAGCUUUACAGCAGGACAGCAAGACUUCCCAGAAAGUUUAAAAUCUCUCUGGGUCUUCGAGUGGAUCCUGGAAGCCCUGGGUGGCAGUAGAUUGAUGUCCUGUUCUUGUCAGAGGAGCCUUGUGAAAAACAAUUGCUGUCUUUCUCUGAAUACCACGUCCCCAAGAAUCAGAGGGGCCACAGCCCUUUUCCUCCGUGGGAGGCCCUGGAGCCUGAUAGAAAUCAGUGGUGUGGGGCACCAUAGAGACUAGCCAGCUCCCGAUGGAAGGGGUCUGUGUCUUGCAUUGAUCCCGUCAGUACCCGGCACUCCCUUCACCCAGGCGCUGACAUGCCGGGGUUGAGCUGGCACUCUGGGACGUGGUAUAAGAACGUCUUGCGUGUCAGUCUGGAACGGGGUUGAUUGCUGCCCUUACCUGUGUUCUGAAGUUUCACAGCUUGACUUCAGCCUACCUAUCAGUGCAUACAUUGGCAUGAAUUUUGUGAAUUAGGGUGUUAAAAACUGGAAUUGAAUUUGUACAAAGAGAGAAGAAAAU